AUGCAUAUUGUUAUGGGUAAUAGCACGGUGCACAGAACUGAAGAAGUCCUGAGAGCAAUUCAUAGCAAUGAGAAUAUUGAAGAGGCAGACCAGAAGAAAGUUACAGCUAAAGAUAGCCAAGCUACAAUUCCUGUCCAGACCUCAGUAGAUCAAAAGCCUUUACAAACAAGCCAACUCCAACUCCAACAACGACCACGACAACAUCAAGAGCAAGGGCAAGAGCAAGGGCAAGAAGAGCAACAGACAUCUUUUCCGUCAAAUCCUUCGGGAACAUUAACCUCCUCUUCAGUUACAAAACCAACGGCGCAGGAUGUUAAAAGAGACCCGGCUGAACCGAUUGGAGAGAGUUGGCCUGUGCAGAUCCGGUUGUCCUCAACCGGUCAGGAUAUUUCGGUUUCAAUUCCCACUUGUGCUCCGUUUCUGUCGGUCGAGGGGCUUCGGCAGCAACUGGUGCCUCAUAUUAAACCGGGUUGCCAGGUCAAACUGAUCUAUCUCGGAAAACUUCUUUUAGACACAAUGUUGAUUUUACCCAAUACAGCACACACUCUGUCUAAAAAUCAAGCUCUUUCGAUCCAACGAGACGGUGUUAUCCAGGCUAUGGUGUACAAGAACCCUUGA